CGCCCUCUGAGCUCUUUUGUGUUGCCGCGAGACUACGCGCGCUUCCUCCCCCAGAAUGAGGCUGGGGCCAGUCUCCACCCACCGUCGGUGACGUCACACUACAGGCCCGGGAGAGCUGGAGGAGGAGCUGUGCGGCGGACACGACGAGUGAAGCAGCGUGGAGCGGAAAGCCGGGAAAAGCGCAGCAACAUGCAAGCGGCAUCUGCAAAGUGGUACGAUAGGAGGGAUUAUGUCUUUAUUGAAUUCUGUGUUGAAGACAGCAAAGAAGUGAAAAUAGACUUUCAAAAAGAUAAACUAGCCUUCAGAUGUCUGGGAGGAGCCGAUAACAUUAAAUACUUAAAUGAAGUCGAGCUGUAUAAGUCCAUUGAUCCCAAUGAGUCUAAACAUAAAAGAACAGACAGAUCUGUCUUGUGUUGUUUACGAAAAGCAGAAUCUAGCCAGUCUUGGCCGAGACUGACAAAAGAGAAGGCAAAGCUCAACUGGCUAAGUGUGGACUUUAACAACUGGAAAGAUUGGGAAGAUGACUCAGAUGAAGAUCUGUCCAAUUUUGACCGCUUCUCAGAGAUGAUGAACAAUAUGGGAGGAGAUGAAGAUGUAGACUUACCUGAAGUAGAUGGUGCAGAUGAUGAUUCACCAGACAGUGAUGAUGAAAAAAUGCCUGACCUGGAAUAAGAAGAUACAUCAACCUAAAAUGUGGGAGGAGGGUGGGAGAAUGGGUGGAAAGAAUAUUUCAACACACUCUGCAACAGUUGCCGAUACCCAAGUUAAGUUGUAAAUACAGAGUACUUCCAGUCAGCCUUGUACGUGUAUCACCGAAUGGCGCUUACCAGGUGUUGAGUUACAAUUGUACAGGACAUUCAUAAAAUCAAUAAAAUCUUAAUACGACAGAGCUGCUUUUUUAAAUGGUAACCAUAACACAUUUAUAGGGGUUGUCUAAUCUUAGACAUUGGUGGCAUAUCGCUAGGUUAUGCCACCAAUGUCAGAUGGGUGUGGGUCCAACCUCUGGACCCCUAAUGUGAGCGGAGAGCUGCCAUCCUCCAUUAAUUUCUGUGGGAAAAAUGAAUGGCGUAGGGGCCGCGCUUGUGCGGUGCGUUCUCCAUUCAUUUCUACGAGAUGGGUAUGGGUCUCUGAGGUGGAACACGCACCUGUUUGAUCUUUGGCACAAACCUGUUAAGUAUGUUGUGUAUUCCUCAUCUCUCCACUUGUGGUUAUAAGAAGUUUUUAUGUACCCUUGGUUUACAUGAGAGCACGUUCUCCAAAAUGCUGAAUUGAAACCUACAGAGAGAACCAUUACGACAUAAAAUAAUUAUUUUGAUCCUCUAAAGUACAUUGAGUAUCCAGCUAUACUGUUCUGAGUGCUGUACUUGCUCUGCCAAGGAAGUGAGUUCUGUAGUUCUUCCAGUGUCGCUGAAAGUGCUUGGUCUACAGAAACCAAAUCUGGAUCUCCUUUAUAGAUAAAAAUUUUAAUUUGAUCUAUGGGAAUUACAGUUCAUUUUAACACUGACAUCUAGAGUACGCCCCCAUUAUUAGUUACAUAUGUUCCUAGUAAAACCCAGUAGACUUUAAGUCACGGGUUUCCUUCAGUAGUUGCGCUUCUUUAUGCAAUGAUUUGGGUUUUCUGGAUACAAAGUGAGGUUGAGACUGUCCUAUUUGUAACCAUGAGUCCUGUACAAUUGGUCUGACCCUUUGCAUUUCCACCUUGGAAGAGUGUAGACAGCUGUACAUUGUUUCUCUCAUCAGUCUGUACAUUUAGACCAAAUUGUAUUUGCACUGUCACAGUAUAUAUUAAAAAGGAAAGCGUAACAAUGUUAAUACACUAUACUGUUUUGUUUGUUUUUCUUUAAUCGGGUGAAAAGCCUAAGUUGUAUUGGAAUUGAUGGGGAUUUUUUUAAUUGUCUGCAUUAUUUCUAAUAAACUAUUAAGAGAC